AAUACAGCAUUGCUGGAUCAAGUCGGCACUCUUCAAAGAAAACACUGAACCAAAGACAACCUCAUUGCAAAAGCCUCAGAAAAACAACAGUGAGCUUACAGUUCUUCUGAAGAAAAAAAGACUACAUCUACUUCUGCACUUCUACUACAUUAACUCUAAAGAUGUCCAGAUUGGUGCUCUUUGUUCUGGUUGUGAUGUUGCAAGUGUGUUUGACAUCAUCCAACCCACUGCCUUCUACUGCUCCAGACAAUGCUGGACUUCUUGAAAGAGCACAGCAGGUGUACAGGGAUACAAAGACUAAAGUUCUAAAUGUUGGCAGCACAGUGGCUGGUUUUGCUGGCAUGUACUAUGAGGAACAUCUCAAACCUGUAGCUGACUCUUACAUGGAGUGGGCUAAAGACGGUGCAAGUUCCCUUUGGGAGAGACUGAAAAGCAAAGUGCCCACCUUCAGAUCUACCCAAGAUAAAUAAGCAGAACAGGCCUUCAAGGACGAUCAAACCUCAUAUAAGUUUUAAGUAUACUGAUAUUGUGGAAUUAAAAAACUGAAUUAAACCUCCAAUGUAGUCAUUCCAUUGCAAUAAUGCAAACAUUACUUAACGUAAAAAGAGAAAGUGCAACUAAACUGUGCAACGAGAAAGAAGAAGAAAGAAGAAUGUUUCCUUUUUACACCAAACUAAUAAACAUGCUGGAUAAUAUCACAGAACAAA